AUGUCGGACGAUUCUCCCCGCUCGACUCCAGUCCACAGUGAUGAUGAUUCAACAGAGAAUGAAGAAAACGUUCAGAACACACGCUUCAGAAAUGGUGUUGAUUCUGAGCCAGAAGGUGAAGAUCUUUAUAAUACAGUACGUAGUGAUUACCGUGCUAGACCAGAAUUAGAUGUUUACGAAAAUGAAGGUUUAGAUAAUGAAGAAUACGAAGGUUUAACACCAUACCAAAUUGCACAAGUCAACUCCGAAUUGGCUCAAAGACAAGGCUCUUCAAGCUUCUGGAGUGUUGAUGCACGUAAUGCUAUUGAAGCUCGUAGAUUAAGAAACUUCCUUGAAAGACCAAAUCAACAGAUCAAGGCUUUCGAUGAAAUUUUCGAACAAGAUAAUGGUACUCAGAACAUCUUCCUUCAAGAUAUUGUUGGCCCACUUCAACCAUAUCUUGAGCGUCAAGAAAUUAAGAUUGAAAUUGCUCGCAAAUUCCGUAUUUUCAUCCAAGAAUUCAAAGAUUCUAACGGCCAACUUAUAUAUUUAGAGAAAAUCAGAAAAGUUGCUACAAACAACCUUGAAAGUUUCGAAGUUUCUUACUUAGAUCUUUCACAUCAUAAUACAAUUAUUGGUGUAUGGCUUGGCGAUGCCCCAGACAUCAUCAUUCCAAUCCUCAGUGAUGCAGCACUUCUUGUUGUCAGAAAGAUGUAUCCAAAUCUUGAUAUCAGGAAAAUUACAGUUAGAAUUACACAUCUUCCAAUUAUUGAUAACAUUCGUGAUCUUCGUCAGAUUCACUUAGACUCUUUAGUCAGAACAAAGGGUGUUGUCACACGCUGCAACGAUAUUUUACCACAUUUACUCCAAAUCAAGUGGAGAUGUGAAAAAUGCGGACAAGUUCAUGGUCCAUUUGAAGUUUCUGAUGAAAAGAUCUAUCCACCAGCCUUUUGCGCAGCUUGCAACUCCAAAGGACCCUUCAGAAUGGAAGAUGGAGCGACAUUAUAUCGCAAUUACCAGAGAAUCACAAUUCAGGAGCCACCAAACUCAGUUCCACCAGGCCGUCUUCCACGUACAAAGGAAGUCAUCCUGUUAGAUGAUAAUGCAGGCACAGUUAGGCCAGGUGAAGAAAUUGAUGUGACUGGUGUUUACAAACACGUCAUGCACACCAAGGGAACAGGCUUUGCAGUAUUUUCUACUAUCAUUGAGAGCAAUUAUAUCCUUAGAAGUGGUGAUAAUUAUAAUGUUUUCAGUAUCACAGAAGAAGAGAAAGAACAUAUCAUCAAACUCUCACAGUCUGACAACUUAGAAGAAAGAAUCUUCAACGCCAUCGCUCCUGCCAUUCACGGACAUAGAGAUAUCAAAGCGGCCAUUGCGAUGUCACUUUUCGGUGGUACACGUGUUGAAGAAAAAGGCCAUACAGUACGUGGUGACAUCAACAUCAUUCUUCUUGGUGAUCCAGGUACAGCCAAAUCCCAAUUCCUUCAAUACGCCAGAGACAUUGCACCUCGUUCCAUCUAUACAACAGGCAAAGGCGCAAGUGCUGUCGGUUUAACAGCUGCUUUGCACAGAGACCAUGCCAGUGGAGAGUGGACAAUUGAAGGCGGUGCUUUAGUUCUUGCCGAUGGCGGUGUCUGUCUUAUCGAUGAGUUCGACAAGAUGACUGAUAAAGACAGAAACUCAUUGCACGAAGCCAUGGAACAGCAAACAAUUUCCAUCUCAAAGGGUGGUAUUGUUACAACUCUCCAAGCACGCUGCUCAAUCAUUGCUGCUUGCAACCCAAUAAGAGAUAGAUACCAACCAAGUCUUUCCUUCCUCGAAAACAGUGGUCUCACAGAACCAAUUUUGACUCGUUUCGAUGUUAUUUGCGUUGUAAGAGAUAUUAUCAACCAGGAAGCAGAUGAAAACCUCGCAAAGUUCGUCUGCAGGAACCACCAAGGCUACGAGCAGCCAGCAGGUGAUAUUUCACGUGAUCUCCUCAAGAAAUACAUCUCUUACGCACGUGCAAAUGUCCACACAAGAAUCACUGGCGCUGACAGAAACAAGUUGUCAAAUCUCUACACUGAUCUUAGAAAGGAAUCUGAACACAACGGCGGACAGUCAAUCACUGUUCGUAACUUCGAAUCAAUGAUUAGAUUGGCUGAAGCACAUGCUAGAAUGUAUCUUAGAAACAACGUCAACGACGAUGAUACAAACUUCGCCAUCAAAUUAGUCAUUGAAUCAUUCCUUAGUACACAGAAAUACUCUGUUCAGAAGAAUUUACGCAGAGUUUUCCAGAUAUACUUGCACGAGGACCAAGGAAAGGUAGAUAUGCUCAUGCGUAUCCUCAUGCAGGCUAUCAAGGAGAAGGAGAACUUCAACGCUGUAAGAAACAACACUCCAGAUGCAGAUCUUCAAGAAAUCACAAUCAAAAGAUCAGAUUUCGAAAGACUUGCUAACGAAAACCAUAUUGAAUCUAUUUCUGGUUUCUUCAACUCAACUCAGUUCAAGAGAAGUGGUUUGAUUUAUCGUGGUGAAGAUAUUAUCAGACCAGCAAGAGAUCACAAUUAA